AUGGCGAGCAGGGUCGACGAUGCCCAAGGAGAAUACAUCCUUAUGGACUACUGCAAGUUCGGCACCUUGGAGUCCCAGCUCAUGAAGGCGGCGGUAGACAUGCCUCCCGACAACACGGAGCGAUGGCUCCCGGAACCCGUGCUGUGGCGCAUCUGCGACUGCUUGGUCAAGGGUUGCAUGGCGAUGCAAUGCCCCCCGAGAUAUGUGCCCGGGAACGCACCCCCUGCUCCACCGCCUCCGAUUGCUCCUCCGGCUGCUCUAGCUAUUGCGCUUUCUGCGGUCAUUGCGGCCCUGGCUGCUGCAUUCGGUGCCCCGAAUGCCUUUCCAGUCGCGAAUGCGGUCCUGGCCGCUGCUGCUAAUGCUCCCCCUCCCCCUGUUACAAUGCCAACAUUUGGAGGCAACUUGCCCGAGGUGGUUGCUCCCGGCAACGGAGUCAACGCGGGUCACCAAGGCAUGGUUCACUUUGAUCUUGACCCCACAAAUGUCUUCGUCAGAGACUUCGACGCCCCCGGAGCCGGUCUUGUACCGGGACACGCAGCGAUUCCACGAAUACAAAUAGGUGACUUCGGGGCAGCCAAAGAUGAGGAUGAGCUUUGGAUCCCUGCAAAUGAUCCUUUGGUGCGAGCCAUAGAGAACGUCUGGACACGCAGAGACAGAUGGAACCGGAGGCAUGCCGGCAAGCUCGGAUAUUCACUUCCGGAACAAUUCGGCAAGGAUUGGGACAUGGUACCUGACACUCAAGACCCAUCAGAUCCGGGGGCUUGGAUGCCAGCCUGGAUGGCGCCGUGGAACCCACCUCCUCCGAUCACCACAGGUCCUGGGAGGUAUUCUUCUGCGUCUAAUGUCUGGCACAUCGGAAUGAUCAUGAAAGUGUGCAUGACACUACGCAAUCCCGAUUCGCCGCCCUACGCAGGAAGGAUGACAACCGAGGAGCCGCCCCCGCCCGUUGGCGGCAUAGUGCCGGUAGACCAACAACGCUGGACAUACGGCUGGUCACUGCUCGACCCCGCCGAGCCAUGGCUCAACAGGUACCAGCGGCCCUUGAUCGACCUCGUCGCGAGAUGCCUCAUGGCGAAACAGGAGUUCCGGCCCACCCUGCAGCAGAUACAAACAAUCGUCACUCAGGAGCUGGCCAACGCGGCCAACGCGGCCGUGCCGGCCUACUGGACAAACACUCACCUGAACAUCUCCGCCGUGCGCAUUUGCAGAAGUGCAAGAAGCGGCAAUUUGAACCAGGCCCAACGAAACAUCGCCACAAACGAGUUCCGGCGUGCAACCGCACUGAUGACAGCGAAGAAGAACUUCACCUUUGUCAAGAUUCUGGGAGCUGGUGGCAACGGAAUCGUGGUACUUUGGAAAUGGACUCCUGGCGGCAACCCGCUGGAGCAAGGGCAUUACGUUGUCAUGAAGUUAACAACCGACCGUUACGCGGAUGGAACCCCGCGUUAUGAUGUAAUUGAAGAAGAGAAACGCAUGAUGCUUGCGUGCAUCGUCAUGGAAUACCCUCCCUUGCUCGUUCCAGCAGCAGCCCCGUCACGCGAUGGAGACCCCCUUCCGGAGGUUGUACCUCCUGGAGGCUUAGCAGGCCCAGCAAAUGGGUUCCAAGGUUAUGUGCAUUUCGACUUGGACCCAAAGAACAUUCCAAGGUUCCAAGAACAAUUCACGGCAGAGUGGGACCUGCUCGACCGUGAUCAAGAAGAGGGGCCCUGGAACGCGCCUCCGGGUACCUGGCCAGCAUGGAGCCGAUGGCCUGUUACCUCUGGCCCAGGCCGGCCAGACUUCCCACCCGUAGCCGGGCGCAUGAAAAGCGAAGAGCCAGCCAUCGUCCCCCCAGCCGCAGACGUCCCGAUACAGGACCAACGAUGGACAUAUGGCUACCGGCUGAUCGCAGACGACGACGAGGGCCGGGAGUACCAGCAAAGGUUCACCCCGGCCCUCUGCGAGGCGAUAGCAAAGUGCAUGAUGGCCCGCCAGCAGCACCGCCCGGACCUCAACCAGCUCCAGACCGACAUCACGAACGCGCUGGGGAACCCGCUGCCCAGGCUGGAUGCCAGGGUCAGGCGAUUCUUCGGAACCGAGGCCACGCCGCCUGUGCCGUGGCGCUCGGCAUACACGGAUGUCGAUCUCCUGCAUAUGGAUCCUUUCAAUCCGUAUCCUGAUGACUCCGAGGGCGAAGAGGUCGACCCGCUUUCCCCCAAUCCGCGUAGGCGGAAACGGCGCCGGACAAGGCAGGCGCCGUUGGAGGAUCUGGCCUAUCGAAAUUAG